AUGGAGAGGGAUCAGAAGAAAGAAAUAGGAGAAGGAAGCUCAUUGUCGUCCAAGGAACAACGAAACCUCAGAGAGAAAGAGCGACGAAUGCACAUGAAAGAUCUCUUCUUUAUGCUCUCUUCUCAUGUUUCUCCCACUCAAAGGUUACCGGUGCCUAGACUUAUAGAUCAUGCGAAAUCAUACAUGAUCCAACUGAAAGAGAAGAUAAAGUGUUUGAAGGAGAAGAAAAGUGCAUUGUUAGGAGAAGUCGGCAAUAACGCUGAAGGGUCGUAUCCUCUGCCGAAACUCAAUUAUCACUCGCGAGAUUCAACCAUACAAAUGAAUGUGGUUAUGGAUCUGAACAUGAAAAGAGUAAUGCUACACGAGCUUUUAAGUGUUUUUCAAGACGAAGGAGCUCAAGUUAUGACUGCUAAUAUUCACAUCUUGAAUGAUAGGAUCACUUAUACAAUCAUAGCCCAGGUAUGUAUGAGUGACCACAUCCACGCAUUGCUAGCGUAUUUCGGAUCGGCAUUGAUACGUCAAGGAUAG